CGACAUUAUUACAUCCACUUAUUCAGGUGUGUUUGCACACAUGCAUAAUUCCUCUUUUGUUGUUUUUCGUUGCUUGAUUUAUAACCCAAAAGCUGCAAAUUCCCAAUUGGCACUAAGUGUAGCCUGUGUAUAGCCACUGACAUAACAGAGACGGCUCAGCUGAUUUGGUUUAGUUGUUAGCAACUGAGCUAAUCUCAAUGACACAAGCAGCUCCUGUCUCAGUGGAAAAAUACAGCAAGGAAGUGAUACCUUGGAUCUUUCAGAGCCAAACAGUUUUUCAACUCAGGCGGCAUGGAGUGCUGACCAAUCCAACCAUAAUUGGGUCAUAGAGGAAACUGAAGGAAACCAUAGCUACUUUGUUUCCCACUCUGGCUCUGCUCAUGACAUGUUGUUUGUGUAGAGAUCUUGCCGUACACCCAGCUGAGAGGAAUACUGAUCAGACUGCUGUAAGCAACAACUCUUCGGGGGAGGGGGAUUUGUGAUGGAGGGUUAAUCUGCUCCUGCUCCUGAAAAAUGUCAAGGGACUUCCUCAAGGGGAACAGCAUCGAGGCGCCGGGUCAAGAUAACAGUCUGGCGAAGAAGACCCAGCUCCUGGACCGAGGCCAGUGGGCGAACAAGUUGGAGUUCUUGCUGGCUGUGGCAGGAACCCUGGUUGGGCUGGGAAACCUCUGGAGGUUCCCCUACUUGUGCUACAAAAAUGGGGGAGGUGCAUUUCUGGUUCCAUAUGUAUUGUUUCUGCUUGCUUGUGGUAUCCCAAUGUUCCUCCUGGAAACGGCUAUGGGACAGUUCACAUCUCAAGGUUGCAUCACCUGCUGGAGGCACUUCUGCCCCUUGUUUGAAGGGAUUGGUUACGCUACCCAGGUUGUGAUUGCAUAUGCUGCCGUGUCAUACAUCGUCAUCCAGGCGUGGGCCUUCUUCUACCUGUUCUCGUCCUUUAGCGCUGAGGUCCCAUGGGCCAGCUGCAGGAACAGCUGGAACACAGAGACUUGUGUUGAAUUUGAUAAAAAAAAUGCAUCAUCCAAUUGGACAGCAGCUGCGAAUGCAACAACACCUGCAACAGAGUUCUGGGAGAGACGAGUGCUGGGUAUAUCUGGAGGGAUUGAGGAGAUUGGUAGCCUGAGGUGGGAGUUGGCCUUGUGUCUCCUACUGGCGUGGAUCCUGUGCUACUUCUGUGUUUGGAAAGGAGUGAGAUCCACUGGAAAGGUAGUUUACUUUACAGCCACUUUUCCCUAUGUGAUGCUGGUGGUUCUGUUGGCUCGUGGACUCACUUUACCAGGAGCUAUGGACGGCGUAGCUUUCUACCUGUAUCCUGACCCGACAAGGUUGGUGGACCCUCAAGUUUGGAUGGAUGCAGGUGCACAAGUUCUUUUCUCUUUUGGGAUUUGUCAGGGGAGUUUGACAGCUCUGGGCAGUUACAAUCAGUAUAACAAUAAUUGUUACAAGGACACAUUUGUUCUGUGUUUGGUGAAUGGCGGGUCAAGCUUCGUGGCUGGCUUUGCAAUCUUUUCAGUUUUGGGUUUUAUGUCGUACGAACAAGGACUACCAAUAUCUGAAGUGGCUGCUUCUGGACCUGGCUUGGCAUUUAUUGCCUAUCCACGUGCAGUAGCCAUGAUGCCUUUACCUCAGUUAUGGGCUAUAUGUUUCUUCGUCAUGGUCAUCUUGUUGGGUGCUGAUACACAGUUUGUGAGUCUGGAGUGCCUGAUGACCUCAGUGACAGACAUGUUCCCCACUGUGUUUCGCAGAGCUUAUCGUCGAGAGCUGCUGCUUCUUUGUCUCUGCACUAUUUGCUUCUUUCUCGGCCUCCUUCUCGUCACUGAGGGCGGCUUGUACUUCCUUCAACUUUUUGACCAUUAUGUUUGCAGUGGCAACAAUCUUCUCCUUCUUUCAGUGUGUCAGUCGAUAGCAAUUGGAUGGAUAUAUGGUGCAGAUCGUCUCUAUGACAACAUUGAAGACAUGAUAGGUUAUCGCCCAUGGCCAUUAAUGAAGAUUUGCUGGCUUUACAUUACUCCCACUGUUUGUCUGGGUACUUUUAUCUUUUCACUGGUGAAGUACAAGCCUCUCAAGUUCAACAAGACCUACGUCUACCCGACCUGGGCUUAUGCUCUGGGCUGGUUCCUAGGACUGUUCUGUGUUCUCUUGGUUCCUCUGUGGAUGCUCUUUAAAAUGGCUCAGAUGAAAGGGACAGUAUGGCAGAACUUAAGGCAGCUUUGUCGCCCUGAAAACACAACACACAGCACAGCAAAGCAACCUGAGCAAUGCCCUUUGAACCCAGACAACUCUCUUACUCCUGCUGCCAAUGAAUACAAGGCAAGUAGUGGAGCCGAGAUGGAGAUGCAAAUGUGAGAAACUGCACAUUUUUGAUACUGUUUUAAAUAUGAUGUUUUUAUUUUAAACUUUUAAACAGGUUUUUACAAGCUAAGCAUUUUUAAGAAAUGAUGGUGAGCAAUACAUUCUGAAUACUUUUUUUUCUGAAUACCAGCUAUACUGGGUUUCCAUAUCAGGUCUGCAACCUGCACAAUAAGCAAUGAGUUGGGUCACUGUCAAAUGUUCUCUGCUGUAGGUCUUCGUUGUACACAGCCAGUAUUGAGAAGACAAAGAUUAUAAAGUUUUGAAAAGCUAUUUUCAGUUAAAGCAAACUUCUAUAUGCCACCUCAAUAGAGGAUCAGGAGAUGCUAAUCUUGAUUAUCACUGCCCACUAAGGUGCACUGUUGCCACAGAUUUGUAGGAACCUAAUAUAGGUAUAUGUAUAUAUAUAUAUGUAUGUAUGUAUGUAUGUAUGUACACAUAUUUGAAAUGGUUUGCCUUAUACAUGUCCAGAUGCAGGACAGAUUUAAAAUUUUGCUCUAUAAGCUAUCUACUGUAUGUUUUAUAUUUUUAUGGUGUUACAUUUAUUUACCUACAUACCUUUUAUUAUAUUUCUCUUAUUAUUUGUUAUAAUACUGUGGAGGAGCGUAAGCCUGAGUCUGCUACCAACAAACAAACAACUUCUGACAGACAUAUUUUUACUGAUUGCCAGCCCACCAUGCUCAUUAUCUCAGUGAAGGAUGUGGUUAAUUUACAGGUCACACUCACAGUUUUACGUAAGGAGAAAUGUUUAAGUGGAUUAAUUGUGGGUUGUUCGGAUAUUCCGCUUCAAAUAACAAAACAGACUUAACUGUAGUAAUACUGUUUUUUGCCACCUACUAUCUGAUACGGCAUUCAACACUUUUGGAUACAUUUUGAAUAAAUGUAACAGUUCAGUGUUUCGAUGCUGAAUGCAACAACAAAGCAAUCUGAAACUGUUCUGAUUCAAGCCUCUGUCUGGCUUCUUCUCCAUAGCGACAGUGGCUGAGGCUCACGGUCGCUGUACUUAGAGUGAUCGACCAAACCAAACAGACAGAAAUUAUAUAUAUAUA